UCCAGAAGGGAUCUAAGAGCGAAGAACCAAGGAAGAACGCCACAAACCCUAGGAAAAAACCCUAAUUUUUCUGCGCCUGUGCUUCGAAACGGAUCGCGCCAAGGAGGGAUUUUGAGGAGGUUUUCGAUAUCUUCGCAUCGUGAGCAUUCGAUUGGCACCAGUUUUGAAGGGGGGUUGAAGAAGAGAUGGUGGCAGAAGCGGAGGGUAUUCACCAGAGCAUCCCGGUGCUGGACGUGCAGUACCGGUGUAUCACCAAGGGAAUCGAGGAGAUAGUCGACAUCUCUGCCGCGACGGCGGUGGCGGUGGCGUCGCCGCCCUCCUCGCCGGGGUGUCUCCAGGUGGCGCUGGAGCCAGAUGCGGUGGCGGUGGACGUCGCAGCCUUAGAGCUGGAUUUGAGAGCCUUAAAUGCCAUUCCAAAUGGGCCCAUGGAACCUCUUCAGUUUGUCCCAAGUUUUCGUUCUGGUAGCUUUGCUGACAUUGGGCCUCGAAGAUACAUGGAGGAUGAGCACAUCCGCAUUGACGAUCUUUCAGCACAUCUGGGAUCUUUACUUAGCUGCCCGACACCUAGUGCCUUCUAUGGGGUGUUUGAUGGUCAUGGAGAUUCGGAUGCAGCAGCCUACAUCAAAAGGCAUGCAAUUAGGUUCAUCUUUGAAGAUACCGACUUCCCACAAGCAUCAGAACCUGAUAAGGUUUUCUUGGACUCGGUGAAGAAUUGUGUUCGGAAGGCAUUCCUCCUUGCAGACCUUGCUUUGGCUGAUGACUGCACCAUUAGCAGUUCCUCUGGGACCACUGCACUGAUGGCAUUGGUGUUUGGAAGGCUUCUCUUGGUAGCCAAUGUUGGGGAUUGUCGAGCUGUCCUUUGUCGGAAGGGCAAAGCAGUGGAAAUGUCUCAAGACCAUAGACCAAUCUAUGCUGCCGAGCGCCAAAGGGUUGAAGAAUCUGGAGGCUACAUUGAUGAUGGGUACCUCAACGGAGUCCUCUCUGUCACUAGAGCCCUGGGGGACUGGGACAUGAAGAUGCCCCGAGGCUCUCCCUCACCCCUCAUCUCGGAACCUGAGUUCAGACAGGCUAUGCUGACGGAGGAUGAUGAGUUUCUAAUCAUUGGCUGUGAUGGAAUAUGGGAUGUGAUGUCAAGCCAGUGUGCAGUCAGCAUCGUGCGCAGGGGCUUGCGGCGGCACGACGACCCCGGGCACAGUGCAAGGGAGCUCGUCAAGGAAGCACUGAGGCUCAACACAUCUGACAACCUCACGGCGAUCGUGAUCUGCUUGUCCUCAGAGGACCGGAGUUCUCCACCAUCACCUUGCUCUCAGGACCAGCAGCAACAGCCGCCGAGGUUGAGGUACUGCAAGAGCCUGUCGGCGGAGGCCCUUUGUAAUCUGAGAAGCUGGAUGGACAAUGAUGGAGGUGGCGAUUGAGAGCAAAAGGAGCGGAGGGAGGUUUGUGUAUGUACAUUAGUAGAGAUGAAUGUUGAUGAUGAUGAAAAACAAUUAACUUAAAUGUUCUUGCUCUGCGGCUGCUUUAGGGAGGUCACAGAGCGGCCAGGAGUUUUGUAGGUUGUUCUCGGUUCGGAUGGCUGUCGGCUGUGUGCAUAAUUUUAGGGUUGGAUUAGCUGGAAUUGGUGUAUCAUUAUAGUAUCAUUAUUUUGUGCUGAUUUAUAGUAUCUCGGUGCAA